CCCACGAGGUGGCGGGAAAGAAGCGGCCGAGACGCAGCCUUUGAGACCCCGAGGGCAACUACGGGCGUGGAACUCUUACUCUCCAUCAUGGACGCGGCCGAGGUGGAGUUUUUGGCCGAGAAGGAGCUGGUGACCAUCAUCCCGAACUUCAGUCUGGACAAGAUCUACCUGAUUGGGGGAGACCUUGGGCCCUUCAACCCUGGCUUACCCGUGGACGUACCCCUGUGGCUGGCCAUUAACCUGAAACAGAGACAGAAGUGCCGUCUGCUACCUCCAGAGUGGAUGGAUGUGGAGAAAUUGGAACAGAUACGAGACCAGGAGCGGAAGGAGGAGACAUUCACCCCAGUGCCCAGCCCGCACUACAUGGAGGUCACCAAACUCUUGUUGAACCAUGCUUCUGACAACAUUCCCAAAGCAGACACCAUCCGGACACUGACCAAAGAUCUAUGGGACACACGCAUGGCCAAGCUCCGCGUGUCUGCUGACAGCUUCGUGCGACAGCAAGAGGCACAUGCCAAGCUGGAUAACUUGACCUUGAUGGAGAUCAACACCAGCGGGGCCUUCCUCACCCAGGCACUCAAUCACAUGUACAAACUCCGUACGAACCUGCAGCCCUCUGACAGCACUCAGUCUCAGGACUUCUAGCCUUGGGUGUGCAACCCUUUGCUGUCUGCGGGCGUCCCAAGCUCCGGAUGUAAUAGGCACUCUGCUCUGGAAGAUCUGGCUAAGCACGGAGCCAUGGGAUCAAACACCCAGACCGUCCAUCACAAGCUUGACUUCCCAGCCAGGACAGAUGGCAGCGGUAACUUGGAG